AUGCUAGUUUUUAAGGAACCCGAAGAAUCGACUGCGCACAAAGUACUGUAUUAUGGGAUACUAUUUUUAAUUAUCGUUUAUAUGAUGAAAUUAAUUAAGUAUAUGAUAUCGAAAACAAGGACUUACUAUUCGAGGGACGGCUUAAGACUUCGUACUAAUUCUCCUGGUGGGAACAGACAAGAUGAAAUAGGCAAACAUAGAAAAAGACAGAGAAGAAAGAGACACGGUCGGUUGACUGCAGCAGACCAGUGGGCAAAAGAAAAACCUUGUCACCUCACCGAUGAGGAAGAAGAAGAAUAA